GAUCUAAAAAUGGAGUACAUUGACAAACUCCCGGAUGAGCUUUGCUGCAAACCUAAACCUCUCAUCGUAUUUUCCGGUUUGGAUACGGAAAGAAAUCAAGUCCAUCGGUCUAUUUGGAGAGCCUUCAAUACUAGUAAAAGCCAUGACCGAGAUUCAUUUAAAUUUCGCUGCAGAUCAGUCGACCACCAGUUUCCAAAGCCGAAGUACAAGCAACUGGCUUCAUAUGAAUGGCUUAUGCCAAAAGGCAUACUCAAAACUGGUUGGAUGAAAAAACAUCUUGAAGAAAUACCUGCAUUCGUUGCUUUAUUUUACGAUCUAGAUUGGGACGAACCACAGUGGGGAGAAAGGUCAACUGAAUGCGCUCAAAUGGUGGCAACUGUUCGAUCAAAACUUGCUGGUCGCGAAAGUAAAUUAGUGGUCAUUCUUAUACAGAAACGUGCCCCCUUACCUUUGGGUGAAGAUCUUAAUGCCAUGGAUCGAGCUCAAUCUCUUUGUAAUAAGUGUGAUCUUCCUGGAAAGAAUUUGUUUGUUUUGUCGCAUACAAACUUACUUUAUGGAUGCAUUACAAGAUUAGAAGAUGAAUUUCGUGAUAUGGCAGCUAACUACUACCAUAAUCAAGCUAAAAAAGUGAAAGCUCACAAGGAUUCACUCAACAAAACUAGUCACCAGUUAUUGUUUGUUCGUCACGAGUUCAAAAUUGCUUUCUAUGCUGAAUUAAAACAAGAUCCAGGAUUAGCGCUGAAACAUUAUCAACAGGCAUAUAAUCAUUUAACAGAAUUGAGAAUGCUAGAUGCUCAUUUGCUGGAGGUGAAAACAGUAGCUGGAUUUAUUAACUACAAGAUAUGCCGCCUGUCUUUUCAAAAUAAUGCAUCUGAUGCGAUAUCACAAUUUCGAAGACAUAUUAAUUUUUUUGCUAAUCUCGUCGGAUUACCACAGUUAGCUUUUGAGCAUGAAGCAUGGAUGUCAAAGCAGUUUGAAAUUCUUGGAGAUCUUUUCCAAGAAGCUAUCAAAUCUAGUCUCACUCCCCUUAUAACCCAACAUCCUGGAUUAUAUUACCAAGAAGCAUCUAGACAUGCUGUUUGCCGUCGUCAGUUAUGUCAAGCUUUAUGCAUCCCUACUGUUAAAGCUGCUGAAAUGAAUGCAGAUGACAGAUUAUACUAUCCUUUGCCAACAGAAUCUAAUGAACCCACUGUUGGAAUUGACGCCGCUUUCGCUACAGACAGCGGUCUAUUUGCCGAAGAAAGUGAAUCUUCACCUCAUUUACCAAAUCAUUCUUUAGAAUGUUCCAGAUCAAAACGUACAGCAAUCAACACCGCUGUAGAGUUCGUUCGAGCUCAGUCACCUCUUUUGUUUAAAAAACAAACUUUUACAGCGGACAGUCCAAACUUAUCAGGCUAUCAUUCACCCAGUCAGGUACCUGCAGCAGAUUGUUUGUCAGCUACAGAGAAAAUAAACGGUCUUGAAUUUUACGGUCAGCGACCUUGGCGCCAAGGUAUUCAAAGUAUUGAACCACCAAAUCCAACAAAAGAACGAGAAGGGGUCUUAAGUUUGCAAAAAGAAGAACUCAAAGUAGAUCAUUCUAGUUUUAUUAUACCAUUGCUUGAACAAACUCGAUUACAAUACAAACGAUAUAAAGCUGAACGAAUGAAACUAUAUCCGUGUAUUUUAAUGGGUUCCGAAUAUUAUGAUAAACAGGAUUAUGAUAAGGCUCUCAGUUGCUAUUUAAGCGUAAUCAAUGAAUAUCGUAGCGAGAAAUGGUGGUCUCUCUAUACUUUCACACUGAAGCGAAUUGCAACAUGCGCAUAUUUGAUAGCUCAGCCCACAGUUUUUCUAUCCUCAUGUUUGGAACUUCUUGGACCCAAUAGCUUGUUGCCUCUCUGUGAGAAAGUACAAGUUCAACAAGCAAUUUUUGAUUUCCUUAAGACCGGAGUUCCUAAUCUCAUAAUGUUUUCACCUGAGCUUGAUCAUACCAUAAAAACUAUCGAAGAUGGGUGGAAGAAACAGUUAGACUUAUUAAUACAACAUACUUCGAAUGCUCAUUCGGACGUUGCACACAAUGAAUCGGUCAAUGAGAACAAAGUGGAUAUCGAGAAAAAACCACAAAAUUCAACCGAUUCACAUUUUGAUGAAAAGUAUAGAAUUUCACUGGACAUUACUCGAGUUAAUACAUGUAUACAAUGCAAAGCUUGCUUUUCACAACCAGCAUAUACUUUUGGUCAACCAGUUCAAUUGGCUGUUUUCUUACGGUCCUUUGCUCCUUUACCCAUCCUUGUUCACCAUGUCACUGUGACUUUUUCUAACAAGGUCGAGUGUCCAUCUUCUUCACUUAAUACACCACCGAGUACAAUAAACAAACCUUUAAUAGGAAAUUUUUCAACUCAUCAGACAUCGCAAACAUGGUCAUCCAAGUUUAUUCUGGAUUCAAAAGAAAAAUUCAAAGUGAUUCUGUUAUGCCUUAAUCCAGACGUACUAGGUAACCAAAUUAAAGUUGAUUCAAUUCAUUUGUGUUUAUCACCUCCUAUGGUUAAUUGUCAUGAAGAUAUUAUUAAUGAAUUAAUAUUGUGUACAGUUUCAUGGCAAUGGAAUACAAAAUCAGAUUAUCAUCCUUACGUAAGUGGUCGUAAAACUAUUGGUCAUAAACAUCAUAAUCUAAAGAAACAGCAUGAUGUGUUACAUGAUAAUGUGAAUACCAUUAGUAAUAAUAAUUGUGGUUUAUGGUGCAAGGAGGUUGUUCUUUCAGUGCCAGAACGUCGAAUGCAGAAAAACCCUAUUAAAAUUGAAUCCAAUGGAUUCAUAAUUAAUCAUGGAUUUCCUAACCUUCCACCAGACUGGGAUAUUAUCGACAGUCGAAUUCGAACAGAGAUGCAUCAUCCAUCUUCCGGUUUAGAAAUUACUAUGCCAGAGAAUGUUUGUAUACUGGCGAAUGAAAUUUCUCAAAUAAAGUUAACUAUUCGCAAUCCAACACUAAGUGACUGUACUAAACUUAAUUUAACUGUCCGUUUAAUUCCGAGAGAAAAAGAUUCAACCGAAUUUCCUGACAAUGCUAGUAAUACUUCUACCACUGUAUCAACCACAACAAUGAUUACAAAUCCAACUGUAAUAGACAAUUAUAUAAUAGUCGGAAGUUCAUCUGAAUUAAUAUCUCAUAUAUCAGCUAAAAAUAUUAAUUCAUCUCAAAAACCAAGUAGUGCGUAUUUUACAAAGAAGUUAGACGAUAUCCCGUCAAAUCAAUCUAUAUCUGUGACAAUUUCAUUAUGUUGUUCAUCUCCUUCGUUAGUUUCUAAUAAUAAUCAAACACUUUCAUGUUAUUUGACUUUCUCUACUAAAAUUUUACCUUGUGAAUAUCCCGAUUAUUUAUUAUCAUUAUCGGAUUCAUUAACAACAGAAACAACAUUAGUAUAUAAUGUUAUAAAUGAAUCUGUGAAAUUAUCUAAUAACAUGGAGCUAUCGAAUAUAAAUAAUCAUUUAGUUCAAAAUAUAAUGGACCAAAAUGCAAUGGUAAUUCAAUGUACUCAGAAUAUUGAAACUAAUAUAACUAUCUUGUCACCAUUUGAAUUAGACUAUAAACUGCUUUCCUUAACACAACAUCCUAUUAAAAGUCUUAUAGUUAACGACGAGUUUUUGUUAUUGUUCAAGUUAACCAAUACAGCUGAUUGUGAACUGGAAAUACAUGAUAUACAGUUGGAAGUGGCUAAUGAGAUAUCGUGUGGAAGUGACUCCCAUAAUACAUGCAUCAAAAACUUAAUUAUGCAAUCCUCAGAAAGUUGUACUGAAUGUCACAUGUUAUUAUUAACAGAAACAAUGAACUCACUCGAAACAAUAAAUCUAGGCUCUAUUACUGUUCAUUGGUCACGUGUGUCAACACGUGAUCAUGAUGAUAUGAAACCGUAUAUUGCAACGACAAAAUUCACCUUACCGACUAUUCCGGUUUUAUCUUUACCUAUUCAAAUUAGUGCUGAACUUCCAGCUUAUGGUGUUAUGCUCACUCCAUUUCCAAUCACAUUUAUUUUAUCUAACAAAACUAUUUAUCCACAGGAGGCUGUUUUUCAAUUAGAAUCGAUUCAUGGUUUUAUGUUUUCUGGUCAACAAAAGCUGAAGUUACGAUUACUGCCUGACUCACCGCACUACUUGAAUUAUACACUACUUCCAUUGAUGUCUGGAAAUUUGAAGUUGCCUCGGUAAUUUUAAUUACUACUUUCCAUAUUGGUUGAAAAUAAUAAUAGAUUACUUUCGAAGUUUUCUAUAUGUACAUUCAUAAAUAUGUUCUUUAUCAUUGCUAAAGUGUACCAAAUUAUUCUAUGAAACUUUGUAUAUUGCUUUUUUGUAAUGGUGUUACAUCGUAAACAUUUUGGUAAGACAAUUUUUUUCUUUAUUGUUUAUUAUUUAAGAGGCGAAAUAUGACAUUUUUCCUGUACAAUAUAUUGUAGUUCAUUUUAUCUAAAACAUAUAUGUUUAUCAGUUCCUAGAAUGGGAAUGCACUUUUUUAAAUUUUCCUAUUGAUCCUAAUACUUCAUUUACUCCGAUAAUAUGUAGUCUAUCUGAUAAAUACUUUCGAAAUCGAAUCCCUACUAUUGUGUGCAGAUUCCCAACAUUAAAUCUAAACCACAACUCUUAUAUCUUGUCUUACUUUGCUUCCCAGUUGCUUAAAUACUGUUAAGUUUCGUCGCCGCUAAACCAACGAGCCAUUGGUUAAAAGUAAGUUCAUUGGGCCGUCACGUUGUAUAGAUUCCGUUAACUUAAGUGUUCAAAAUAUCUAACACUAUGAUCUUGUAGGUUAGUAGUCAAGGUUUCUAUACACCACAAUCUUUACCUGAUAUCAUGUAUUUAGAUGAGACUUACCUAAAAACCAUGAACCUGGGUUUUAAACUAGGUGUCGACCAUCAAGAAGGCAUAGUUCCAGUCUUGAUGCAGCUAAAGUUCCUCGUCAAUAUUCAAAUAUGUCUCAUAUGUAUUUCCGUGGACUAAUUUGGGCUAUUACUCACCUCUUGUAGGAUUAAAAAAUUACUCUACUUGAGCAUCUGCUUGAUAGUAAACAGUAUCAGACUGUUUAGUCCCUGGUUCCAAUCUGAUUUUCCAUUUUCCAAUCCAUGUUAACCAAGCAAGACGUCUGUCUAUCCAUAUGAUUUUAUGGUAGAAGUGAUCUGUUAUUUUAGCUAUCUGUCUGGAAAAAACUUUAUGCUUCACUUCAUUUUUUCAUGUUCUUUCAAUAUGAUUGUAAUCGAAUAGUGUUAGCUCAGGAAACAGUAAAUUGUUAUUCAUUGUUUCACUAAAUUACCAAAAUAUCAUACCGUCAUUUCGUUGUGUUCAGUGUCUAUCAGGAUGCGGUUAUACACUAAGAUAACGAGUCUUAAAUAAUACUUUUUUUCGGUUAGAUUAUUAGUGUAAUACUCUGACUAUAAAAAUCUUUCAUAGUAAUAAUGCCCUUCGAAAAUAAGCCUAUACUUCACUCGUUCGUUUAUUUUAAGCCCAGUGCCUAAAUUCAUAUGUGGUAAAUAAGUUACAGGUAUCACAACAUCUUUGAGUUAUCUACACCCGUUUAGUAUUCCCUAACUAGUACAAAAAAAUUUACGUAUUCCUUAGUUUCGAAUGAAUUUCCUAUCGAUGCCAGUUUUUUUUACCUUGGUUUCUCACAAAAUUACAUUCUAAAUCCUUUCUAUAUGUAAUAGCUUAUGCGUUCUUAUUUGACAAAAUGAUGUUUAUUAUUGAAAUUUUUUAACAGUUUACAUGUUAUGUUAGAACGUUAUGCUACGUUAACAUCAAACACGCAAAAUGAUCAACCCGAUAUACACAUACAAUUAGAAGAAAAUCUCCUACGACAAGUUCCAACACAUCUGAUAGUAAUUCCAUCAACGGAUGGAUUGUUGGAAUCGUCUGAGAAAAAUCCAACAUUCAAUCAAGAAGAGAUUAAGAAUAUGUAACAUUAUAUAUAUAUCUGAAAAUAUUCUAUCUCACUGUUGUUUCAAAAGUUUUAGUUGCCUUUUUUUUAAAAGCCUAAAGAUGAGCUUGUUUCAUUUGUUUGUUCUAAGUAACUUCUUAUUCCUUGACUUCUUUUGUUUAUUAUUAUAACAAAGCAUAAAUACCUUAAUUUUUACUUUCAAUAAUGAAUUCUCCAAAACUUUCGUCCCAUCUCUUUCCCUAUUUUUAUUCUUUGCAAAUAGAAAUGCAUCAUUUUUGGAAUGUUUUUUGUAUCAUAAUUUCUUUACUUCCAAAUAAAUCAGUAAAAAAUUUCAAAGUUCUACGUUUUUUUAAUAUCAUUAGUGGAUUAUUUGAGAUUUCGGUCGCUAUUAUUCAACUUUUUAUUCAACACAUUGCUUUAGUACUGAUUUACGGUUGAUAAAAUAUUAAAACCGAUCGAUAUUUUAUACCGUUGACGUUUUAGAAUUUUACAGAUCUUGUAUUCUUUGAGCAAACUGAUUAAUUUUUGAAAUCAGAUAUUAAAAUGUCUUCAC